CUUCGGUUUCCGGGUAAAAAAGUCAGGCUCCCGGUUUGAAAGUGAAAAUUAUUUCCGUUAGGUUAAUAAAAAGUGAACUAACGGAGGGAGGGCAUCAUCAGUGACGGAUAAUAACUGAACUCCUCAUCUUCAGUCCAGAUAUGAUGCUUCAGGUUUCCUCCCCCGGUUUAAGCCGUGGCUGAUCAGCAGGAACCACCAGCUGUGACCCACGGCUCACGUUUUCACUGAGAGGAACUCAUUGAGCAUGGAGUCGGACCUGCUGAUUGGCUGGCCGCAGCAGAAGGCGGAGCUGGAGCAGGAGGUGUGCCGUCUGCAGGAGGAGCUGGCGGAGAGCCGAGCAGAGAAGGAGGAGCUGGAGUCCAGGAGCAGAGCUCUGAGGGAGCGGCUUUGCCAGACUCUGAAUCCUUCUCUGAACCUCUCCCUGCACGAGGAGGAGCAGAGGAGGUGGAAAACCAAGCUGAGGGAGUGGAGGGAGAGGGAGGCCAGGCAGGCGCUGCUGAUCCACCGUCUGCAGAACAAGGUGUUGGAGUACAGAGAUCGCUGUCAGCAUCUGGAUCUGCAGCUGCAGGAGGAACAGUCCAGGCUACGGAGCUCUGAGCAGAGAAUCAGAGAUGAACACAGCGACUCCCUGGAGAGCGCCCUCAUCAGGCUGGAGGAGGAACAGCAGAGGUCUUCCAGCCUCACCGACACCAACGCUCUCCUCCGUCACCAGCUCAGCCAAUCAGAGGAGACGAACCAGGCGCUGAGAGAGGACCUCCAGAAGCUGACUGCUGAUUGGUCCAGAGCCGUGGAGGAGUCGGAGCGCAAAGCGGCUGAUUGGCAGAGAGAGAAGGAGGGUCAUGUGGGUCAGAACCAGGACCGCCUCCUGUCAGUCUGGAGGUCUGUGCUGGAUCUGAGGCGACACUGUCACACAGUGAGAACAGCCGCUGACAGGGAUCUCUGGCAGCUCAGAGCAGAGUUCUCCAAGUUCUCAUCAUCUCUCCUCCUCAGCUGUGACUCCGUCUGCUCCUCACUGAGGCCCAAACCCUCUGACCUUCCUCCUCCCUCCUCCUCCUCUCCUCCUCUAUCCUCUACUCUCGUUCUCCCUUCUUCCAACUCCUCAGCUUCUCCCCCUCAGCUCUCUCCCUCCACACUGGGAACCUUCACCUUAGGAGAGCUGAAAGAGGAGGAGGUGAAAGAGAAGGAGCAAACAGUGGAGUUAAAGCUGCUCCAGGAGGCGGAGGUGUUGCAGCUGGAACAAAGGGUUGAGGAGCUGAGUCGCUCCCUGCAGGCUGCAGACGGAGAGAAGGAGGAGGCCAAAAAGGAGGUGGAGAGGCUGAGGGAGUCAGAGAGGAGGCUGCAGUCAGUGGGUCAGGCUGUGGUCAGGAUGUCCAGGGCCCUGAGCAGGACCAGCAGUCAGACCCUGAGCGUCUCCAUGGACGCCGUCCUCAGCCUGGACCUGUCCUCCCUGCUGUCAGUCCUGUCUCAGACCGAGAGCACCCUCCAGUGGAAGCAUGAGGAGCUGCAGGGGGCGGAGCUAAAGCUGCGUCGGCUCGGCGAGGAGCAAACCGCCCUGCAGCUCCGACUGAACCAGCAGCUUGAGGAGAACCAGCAGCUGGAGGAGAACAGCCUGAGAACGCAGCAGGAGCUGAAGAAGACGCUAGACGCUCUGAGCAGGGAGAAGGAGGCGUCCAGCUCCCUGCGUCUGCAGCUGGAGGAGGUGCAGAGGAGAGAGGAGGAGGAGAAGAAGGAGAAGGACAGACUGAGGAGAGACAGAGAACGACUGGAGGAGAAAACUCGACAGCUGGAGGCUGAAACACACAGACGGGUGGAGGAGGAGCUCCUGGAGAAAGUCCAGCUGUCAGAGAGAGAAAGCAAACAGUUGAUGGAGAUCCACAGCCUGAAGGGGGCGCUGGAGAGGGAGCAGCUGGACAGGCAGAGAGCAGAAGAAGAAGGUGCUGAUGUCAGAGAGGCUCUGCAGAAGUGCAGGGACAGCCUGCUGCAUCUCUCCUCCUCAGAGACGAUGUUGAGGUGGGAGGCAGAGGAGGCGCGGGACGCCCUGGAGAAAAUGUCGGCUCUGAACGCCGCUCUGGUUUCAGACAAACGAGAUCUGAACAAACAGCUGCUGCAGCUGGAGGCGGAGCUAUCCAACAGCCAAUCACAAAUGCAGACGGUGAGGUCAGAGGUGAGCGUCCUGCAGAGGGAGCUUCAGGGCGUGAGGAGUGAGCUGAACCUGCUGAGAACUCAGUCACAGACAGACGCAGACACCAUCCAUCAGCUGAAGGAGCAGCAGGCAGAGCUGGAGAGAACCCUGGUGGAGAAGGAGGCCCAGGUGGAGUCCCUGGAGGAGGAGAGGCAGACGGCAGCCCAGCAGAUGGACGAGAGCUCCUCCCAACACACCCUGCUGAGGGAGGAGCUGAAGGAGGCGCAGGAACAGCUGCAGAGGGCACAGGAGGAGCUGAAAGAGAAGGAGAGACAUCAGGAGGAGCAGCAGAGGGAGAGCAGGAGGCUGCAGCAAGAACAGGAAGGGCUGAGGAGACACAAGGAGGAGCUGGAGGAGGAGCUACAGGAGCUCAGGUCUCUGUCGGUGAAGCUCCACCUGCAGCUCCAUCAGCAGCAGCAGCAGCUGUCCCAGGCAGAGGUGGACAGAUGUCAGCAGAACACGCGCCUCUGCACGCGCCUCUGCACGCUGCAGCGGGCCAAAGACACCCUGCAGGGUGAGAUCGAGUGUCUGAGAGGAGAACUACAGCGAGAAACGGCAAGAAGAGAAGACGAGAAGGAAAGGAGGGCAAGAACCCUGGAGGAGAAGGAGGAGUUGAAUGUAGAAAUGGAGCGACUGAGGGAGGAGGUGGAGGCGCUGCGGAGCAGAAGUUCUGAGCAGGAGGCAGAGAAGCAGGAGGAGAGGAAAACCUGGCAGGAAGAGAGAGAAGCUCUGAACAAAGAACUGGGGACUAGGGACGGAGCGCUGGAGGCCCUGAGGAGGCGCACUGAAGGUCUGACAGAGGAGGUGGAGGAGAGACAGAGAGAGGUGGAGAGGCUGAGGGAGGAGGUGGCGGAGAGAGGGAGCAAAAUCAGCACCAUGAUGGAGAGAAGGCAGCGAGCAGAGGAGGAGAAGGAGAAACUGGAGGAGCAAAUAAAGAGGACAGAGCUCCAACUGGCAGAGGAGGAGGAGAAGAGGAGAGAGGAGGAGAUGCAGAGGGAUUUAGAAACAGAGGCGCUCUGUGAGCGGAUCGAGAAGUUAGAGGAAAAAAAGAAAGAAAUGGAGGAGGAGAUGAACCAGCUGAUGAUUGAGGAGGAGACAUGGAGAUCUAGAGCUGUGGAGGACAAGGAGGAGGUGAAGAGACUGAGGAAGGAGAUCUCCAGGUUACAAGAAGACAGAGAGAAGGAGAGGAGACAGAGGGAGAGAAAACAGGAGGAAGAGAAGGAGCUAGAAGAGAGGCUGAAGGAGAAGGUGGGGGAGGUAGAGCUGCUAAGAGUGAGGCUGAAUGUGGCCCAGGAGGAGAAGGAGGAGAUGAAGGAGGAGGUGGAAAAGAGGGAGCGCAGCCUGGAGCGACAGAUGAGUGCUGUUAGGGAGAGAGAGGAGGAGGUGGAAAAGCUGAAGGAGCGUCUGAGGCUGGCAGAGGAGCGAGAGGAGGAAGGAGAGCGGGAGCGGCAGCUAGUGGAGGUCAGACUGAAGCAGAAGGAGGUGCGGGAGGAGAACCUGGAGGCACUGCUGGCAGAAACUCAGGCGCUCCUGGAGAAGGAGGUACAAGAGGGAGGAGGAAAAGACAGAAAAAUCUCCUCCCAGGACAGGGAGUUGCAGGAGGCUCAGGUUGAGAGAGAAAGAGCAAAGAGGAGGUCCAGAGAGAAGGAGGAGGCCUGUGAGCAGCUCGAGGAGGAGCUAAGGAGGUGGCAGCAAAAGGAAGAGCAUCGUGGGAAGGAGGCGACAGAGCUCCAGAAGAGCAUUAGGCAGAAACAAGAGGAGGUGCUGCAGUUGAGGGCCACACUGGAGGAGAAGGAGGAGGAGCUGAGGGAAGGAGAAAGGCUGAGAAGAAUGGAGGAGGAGAGAAAGCAAAUGACUGAGGAGAAAGUGAAGGAGGAGAGGAGGAGGUUAGAGGACAGGCUGGAAGCAAGAAUGAAAGAGCUGAAGGAGGAAAACGAUGAGCUGAGGAGGAGUCAGGAGGAGAAGAGACGACUGGUCAGCAAACUGCAGGAGAUACAGGAGGAGGAAAGAGAGGAGCUGAAGGGAGCGAGGGAGCAAAAUAGGAGGCUGAGGGACCAGCUGAAAGAGACGGAGGAGCAGAGAGAGGAGAAACUGAGACAACUGGAGGAGGAACUGAGGAAAAUGAAGGAGGAGAGAAGGCUGCAACAGGAAACAGAGAAAGAUCUCCACCUCCUGGAGGAGGAAAGAAGGAGGUCCAGGCUGAGGACGUUAGAGAAGGAGAAGGAAGAACUGCAGGUGGAGCUGGUAAGAAAGGACAGGGAGGUGACACUCCUUAGAGAGGAAGCACAGAGGGAGAGAGAGGAGCUCAGAGAGGAGGUGAAAAGAAAGGGAAAGGAGAAGGAGGAGGUCAAAGAAAGGAUGCAGGAGGAACUGAGAGCUAGAGAGGAGGAGUGGAGGUCAAAGGAGCUGAUGAGCAAGAAAAAUUUGCAGAAUGACAGGCAACUGGAGGAGGUCCAGCAGGAGCUAAGGAGGAGCAAAAAGGAAGCGACUCUCCUCAGAGAGGAGCUCCACAAGGAGCAAAGAGAAAAGGAUGAGAGGCAGGAGCGGCUGAGGAGGUCUGAGAAAGAGAUGAAAGCGCUCAGAGAGGAGUUGGAGAGAGAGCGGAGCAAGGCACAGGAGGAGAGAGCUCUGAGACUGGAGGUAGUAAAUGAAAAAGAGGAGUUAAUGAAGACGGAGGAGAUCCGCCAGGAGCUGCUGAAGAGCAAAAAGGAGGCAGCUCUCCUGAGAGAGGAGGUGCAGAGGGAAAGGAAGGAGGCACAGAUGGCUAGGAGUCAGAAAGUGGAGGUAGAACAGGAGCUUUCUGAACUGAGAAAGGAGCAAAAGGAAAAGGAGGAGAUGUUUGAAAAGGAGGUAAGGUCUCUCAGAGAGGAGGUGCUCAGAGUGAAGGAGGAGGCCCAUGGGAAGCUGCAGGAGGAACUCAGGUCUAAGGAGGUAAUGAGGAAGAAGGGGCAAGAGGAGUGGAGGAAGUUGGAGGAGGUCCAGCAGGAGUUACUGAGGAGCAAAAAGGAGCUCCAAGAGGAGCUGAUGAAGGAGCAACAAAAGGAGGAAAAGAUCCGCGAUGAACUGAGGAAGAGUAGGGCGGAGGUUAGCGAGCUGGCAGUCAUUGCUGAGGAGGUGAAAAAGGAACAGGAGCAGAUAGAGGAGGGGCUACGAAGGAAAGAGGAGGAGGUAAGGGCUCUAAAAGAGGAGGUGCAUGAGGCUCACAGGAGGAGUGAGAAGGAGGUGUCUCUCCUUCAAGAGAAGGUUCAAAAGGAAAAACAGGAGCUCCUGGAGGAGCUGCAGAAGAGGAGAGAUGAGGUCAAAGACCUUCAGGAGGAGGUGAAGGAGGAGCGCCAGAGGAGGGAGGAGGUGCAAGACGACUUGAAAGGUGUUCAGCAAAACAUGGAGGUGAUGGAGGAGAGCCUGACCUCCCUGAAGAGUCAGGUGUUGGAUCUGAGCCGCAGCCGGGAGCGAGCACGAAAGGAGGUGAAGGAGAAGGAGGAGGAGAGCCAGCAGAUGAGAGAAGGCCUAAGGGUGGCCCUGGAGGAGAUGACUACUCUGAAGGCUCUCCUUCAGGACAGCCACAACGAGGGGGAGCGUCUGAGGAGCGCGCUGGCCCAGAAGAAGGAGGACAUGGAGAAAAUCAGAGAGGAGAACAAGCAGGCGGCUAAGGAGGAGGUGGAGGAGCUGAGGGCCAGAGUCAAAGGUCUGGAGAAGAGAAGGAAGGAGGUGGUGGAGGAGCUGGAGAGGAGGAGGGAGGCUGAGGGGAGGUGGAGGAGUCAAGUGGAAGAGUUGGAGAAAGGGCAGGAGGUUCUGCACAUAGAGAUCCAGACACUAAGGAGUAGACGGGAGGAGGAAGACAGAGAGUGGAGGUCCAAGAUGGAGGAGAAGGAGGAGGAGGCAAGGAGGAGGAUCCAGGAGAGUCAAGAAGAGCUGAGAAGGUUGACAGCAUUGAUGGAGGAGCAGAAAGCUCAGAUGGAUGGACUGAGGAGGAGAAACGUCCAGACAGGAGAGGAUGAGGAGGAGCAAGAGGAAGAGGAGGAGCAGGUUUCCUCUGAGAAGGAGCAGCUGAGGAAGGAGCUGCAAAAGAAAGAGUCUGAGUUCUACAUGCUGACGCAGAGGAACAAGGAGCUGGAGGAGGAGCGGGACCGGUUCCGAUUGGCUCUGGAGCGGACAGAGGCCGCCAUGAUUGGCUACAGGCAGCGAGCAAACCUCAGGACUGGUUCUAACCCAGAGGAGGCUGUGGAGGACAGACUGCUGGUCCUGCAGCGACUGGUGGCUGAACUGGAGCUCGACCAGAUGAGGAUGAAGAAGAAGAAUUCCCACCUGGAACAGCAGAAAGACAAGCUGAAGAGGGCCAGAGAUGCACUGAAGGACACACUGAGACAGGUGGAGGAGGAUCGAUGGAGGCUCAGGCAGCAGCUCUCCCUCGGCUCUGGGUCCCAGGUGUGUUUGGUUGGUCAGGCGUCUGAGAACUCCACCGAGGUCGAGCGGCUGAGACACCAGGUGACAGAGCUGGAGGACCAGUUGAGUCAGCUGCGUCUCUCAUUGGCUGUGGACCAGAUGCAGAGGGCGGAGUUUAUUGAGCAGUCGUCCAGAAACAGCCAAUGGCUGCUCUCUCUGCGGCACGACCUCAACGAUUCGCUGGCUGCCGUCUCCAGCCAUCCAAUCCCAGCCGUUCUGGAGUCUGAAACGCAGCGAUUGGACCGCAGCCUGAGGGAGGAGGAGCUUAGGAUGUCUCUGAGCCAAUCAUAAGAGGGAAACUGUCAAUGUGAAGCUGCUUCGCUCUGAUUGGACAGGUUCUAUCUACAGGAAGUUAUUUAUUCAAAACUGACCAAUCAGAAGAGACCAAAAAUGUUACAGGAAAUAAACCUUCAGGUACAAAGUUACAGUCAUGAGUAUUUACCUCUGAUCUAUCUUCUUUAAGAACACUUUCUACAAUCUGAAUGUUCUGAAUCCUGAACCUUCUGUCACAUCGGUACCUGCAGAACUGGUAUAGAUGUGUUCUGAUCAGUUGGACUGUUUUUAUUUUAUGUUUACUGUAUUUAAAGGU